AUGUCUCUUCUUUCUGUCACUCCUGCAGCGUUAGUACUGUAUACCCAUUCAAAAUUAUACUCAACACUAAUGACUUUCAAGUAACGUGGAUGUCACCGAAGAUGAUGUUUCCAAGAUAGCGGCAAAGUAUGGAUAUGAGUUUAAAGGAAACGAAAAGGCAGAGUUUACAACUCUCCUAGGAGCGACUUGUAAUGCGAUGCAGUUCGUUGCUGAAAUGGACGACUAUCAACCGGAACCAGAUCUUAGUCUUGCUCCAAGGGAGAAUAUGUGAGUGAUGCUUAUUCCAACCCCUUUCAAUCUUAAUUGAUCUAUUCAAGCUAUUUCCCUGAAAAGGCCGAUAAUCCAGAUAACGCCUGGGCCUACCGUUUUCAGCUCGCCCACAAAGCACCCUCGUCCGAUUUACUUCAAGGAAGAACUUUAUGUAUCAAGGACAACAUAACUGUCAGUGGAGUUCCCUGCUUAAUCGGACAAGCACAUGACUUUGGCUGGAUACAAAAAAUGGAUGCCACUGUUGUCUCAAGAAUUCUGGACGCGGGUGGUAUCAUCAAAGGAAAAGCAGUUUGCGAAAAUUUGAGCACAAGACAGCAUCAUUUACAGCAAGAACAGGCCCUGUCAACAAUCCUUAUGCGAAAGGAUAUAGUGCUGGUGGCUCAAGUUCUGGGACUGCAAAUUUGGUUGCGAAAGAGGAAGUUGAUAUGGGGAUUGGAGCUGAUCAAGGUGGGUCGAUCCGGAUUCCUGCAAGUCUGUGUGGGCUGGUCGGCUUCAAGGCGACAGACGGUUUAAUAUACUGGCUGUAUAAGUAACGAGGCAAGCAUUGACUACGUUGGUCCUAUGACCAGAAAUUGUCUUGAUAACGCGUUGUUACUGGAAGCUAUUGCCGGAGUUGAUGGCCUUGAUGAUCGACAAAGAGCUGGUACCCCAUUUCGAAAGGACGUCCCAAAUUACUCUCGGAUUCUGAAGGAUACCAAAGAAGCUGGAGUCAAAGGAUUCCGUAUUGGAGUCCUCAAGGAAGGGCAUUCAUCAAAGAUAAUCGAUCCGAAUGUUGCAGCAAAAUUCCACGCUGCAGUGGAGAUUUUCCGAGAACUUGGAGCUAUCGUGGAAGAAAUUAGUAUUCCGAUGCACGAGAUAGCUCCUGCGAUAUUUGGAGCAGCCAGUAAACAGGGGCGUGCGAUUGUGGGUUUUCUUCGGAUGAGAAGUGCGCUUAAUACUAAAUUAACUGGUUCAUAGGGGCGAGCUGGCCGUACUACUGGACGAAGACAGGUCAUGUUGACAGACCUCUACGAAAGAAUGCUUCCCCUUACAGCGGGAGCAAUGGAUAAAGUAAGCAACACUUUUCGCCAUAAUGUUUUCUCGCACUGAUUCCUCCUUAGAUGAGUCCAAUAAAUAAGAACGGUGUGUUUUCAGGUAUUCGUCUAUUUUCUCAGGUGCAGAAUCACAAACCUAACCGAUAUGGCAGGUGAUUUCUGCUGGGAAAAAUUCCCCUUUGUAUACGCGAAAGCCAUAAAUCUUGGUCGGAAGUUGACCGAGACUUACAAUGAAGCGUUAGCGAAGUACGAUGUUCUUGUUAUGCCAACGACCAUUACAGCUGCCGAUCCGCUGCCUUUGGAAAGUGAUUCUGCGGUUACGAAAAUGAGUAAGACUAUCGGAAAGCUUGAUAAUACUUGUCCAUUCAACGCUACGUGAGUGUUCUCAAGCUCUCUUUCGCGGUUUGGCUUAUUACUUCGUAUCAAAGGUCCUUGAGGAUGUACCCAAGGCAGGGGAGAAGGAGUUACUUAGCUAUGCUAACAUGAGUUCAGUGGACACCCGGCACUUGCGAUUCCGAUUGGAUUUGUACCUGCUGCGGCAGAUGUUUCUGUGCGUGUUCCAGCAAGCAUGCAGAUUGUUGGAAAUCAUUUUGAUGAGAUUAUGUGUUUGAAGGUUGGCUUUGCUUGGGAAAAUGCGAGAUGUUGGAAAGAGUUUUGAAGCAACCGCAACCCGGUCCGCAACCUACCAGAAGCUUGAUUAGCCGAUGAUCAGGCACUUCAUGCCAGUAGUAUUGUAUAUAAUACGGAUAUUGAAAGUUCAAAAUUAUACUUCUAUCCAAGUCACCCGCAGGCUCGCCAGGCAUCAGAAUAUCCCCGCCUCCCCGUGAACCUGCAAAUAUAUAUAUAUGUUUCCAGGUGGGCUUGGGAGGUUGUUAGAAGUGCCACGUGACAUACGAGGGUGGAUCUUGGCGAAUAGGAAGCAACCUCUAUCACUUGGCAUUGGGACCCACCCAUAUUUUUUUUGACAGCUCUUGAGCGUUCUGAGCGUUCGAUGGUGAAGCCCUUAGGUUUACGUGGGUAAAUUCAACAGCUCCAAGCCCUUUUUGUGCCAACAUUCUUUCCUUGUAUGUACCAUGCGAUAGUAAUUGGGGACUGUCCACGCCACUGUCUCUGUUUUUCCCCUUUUACUCACGAUUCGCCCUUCUUGUACUAUAAUACUUACAAAGAUGCUUGUUCGAGCCGCUCGAAGGAAAGCACUUCCACUUCCACGCCAUUCAGCAAUCCGACUUAGCAAAGUACCGCAGCGUUCAGAUCUCCCACGACUCUGCCAGUCGUGCACUACUCUACAGUGUGUCAGUACUACAGCUCAACGACGAUGGGCCACGGAUACCGCCCCUCAGCGACCGGAACUACGACGGCGGCGAAAUUCGAACGACAUCUCGAAUACAAAUACUCGGCGCUCCAUGGCCACGGCUUUGGCAUACGAAGAUAUACCUUUUGAGAGCGGGUUUAGUGUUCCUCCACCUUCGCCGUCCUACACUAAGAAUCGUGGGUUGCCACAAUCACAUCUUGUUCCAGCCCCAGACCUGUACGGCGAUGCUCGGAUAUUCAAGAAGCUAGUAACUUCCGAACAAAAGAUAAAAUCGGUCGGAAAUGGGAUUUCGGGUGAUGUCUCCGAGGUACUGGCUGUCUUUCAUGCAUGUCUUGCGGUGGGUAGGAUAGAGCGCGCGGGGGUGAUUUUACAUCGGAUAUUAUGGAAGACAAAGAUGACAGAUGAGGAGACGAUUGAUCUAAAUAAUCAGUACCUGCGCGCCUCUGUCGAGCACAUCUCGACACCUCCAAGUGAAGCGGCAAGACAGGCCAUACACAAGUGGUUUGAACUCGAGAUUCGUCUGAAGCAGGUUCCUUUUACUGCCGAGACGAUUGCGUACAUGCUAAAAGCAUCACUUCAUUCUCCAGCUGAGGAAACAGGCGGAAACAGAAGGCGACUUGUGCGACGAUAUAUGGCUAUGGUACCUGGUGAUGAGGUACUGGAGGUUUUCGCGACGGAUCUUUUGACAGGCGCAGAACUAAAUCAGAUAAACCAAAUAUGUCCUCGAUACAACUUAGCAGACCCCCUCAUCGACAUGGAUAUUGAACAACCUGAAUCUCCAAUGGAGCAUUAUGAGGCGUCAGCGGAAUUGGGCAACAAGAGAGCCAUAGUGGAGAAAAAAGCCGCCAAUGCCGAAGUCAAGCCAGUCAAACAAAAGGGUCUCGGGUUGAAAUCUCUCAAAAAGGCACUCUCGCUCUUUUCAAACAUCCCCUCUGGAGGUCUUUCAAUGGGUGAUAAGACUCUCGAAGAGCAACGCCAAAUUCAAACAGAACUCGAGCAAGGUGCGGUAGACGCUGCAAUGUAUCGAUGGAGAGAUGAGCAUGAGUCGUUGGUAAAGAUGGGUGUAAGUUCGAGUUUACAAACAAAGUCUAUAGGAGCAAGGAUGUGGCAAUGGCAGCUUAUUCUCACAAAGACUCUCAAACGAGAGCUGGAGCUGGUCGAAGUGGCGGAAACUAUCCAAAUAAAGACGCGAAAAGAUGAGGAGCGUUGUCUGUAUGGCCCUUUUCUACGAAUGCUUGCUCCUGAUCAAUUGGCUGCCCUUACUAUCCUCACGUGUAUGUCCCAAUUAGGGUCAUCAGGAGCCGACAAAGGUCUUGGUCUGACCCGACUGGUUAUGAGUCUUGGUAAUGCCGUGGAAGAAGAGUGUCUUUUCCAGGCCAUCGACAAAGCCCGCAAAAAGCAUUUGUGGCCCAAGAGCGGAGCUCUUGAUCUCGGAAAUCUUAAAAAACUUACACGGGAACGCGGUACCGGAACAGCGACCAGGCUGGUUACUUCACUGAGUAAAGAGAGUGGGAAGUCUUCUGAUCUGGGCUGGGCGGCGUGGCCAUUGAAUCUGAAAGCGAAAGUUGGUGCAUACUUGUUAUCUGCUCUAGUUGACGGUGCCAAGGUUCCAGUGGUCUGCAAGCACAAGACGACACAGGUUGAGAAUGUGCAACUCCAACCAGCUUUCACUCAUUCAUUUCACUACAGAUUGGGCAAGAAAAUUGGCAUUCUUUCCGCCAACAAAGCUUUGGUCGAAUCCCUGAAGCGGGAACCAGUACACGGUCUUCUGGCAAAACAUUUGCCAAUGCUGGUUGAGCCUGAUCCAUGGACCAUGUUUGAUAAAGGAGGUUUCCUCGCGCAUCCUUCCAAGCUGAUGAGAGUAAAACAAGGAGACAAAGAUCAAAGAUAUUAUGCGGAAGCUGCUAUUGGACAAGGUGACAUGAAGGAGUUAUGCAAAGGUUUGGAUGUGCUCGGCAAAACGGGUUGGACCAUCAAUCAACCCGUCUUUGAAGUUAUGCUAGAAGCGUGGAACUCAGGCAAGGCUGUUGCUAACAUACCACCUGAAAAUCCAGAAAUAGAAAUUCCAGAGGAGCCUGAAAGUACCCAAGAUCCCUUGCAGCGUCGGAAGUGGCUCCAUGAGGUGAAGCGGAUUGCGAAUCAGAAAACUGGGCUGCACUCUCAAAGAUGUUUUCAAAACUUCCAACUUGAAAUCGCCCGGGCUUUGAGGGACGAAACCUUUUACUUCCCUCACAAUUUGGAUUUUCGAGGACGCGCUUACCCUAUACCACCUUAUUUAAAUCACAUGGGUGCUGACCAUUGCAGAGGUCUGCUAAGAUUCGCUAAGGGUAAAGAGCUUGGCGAGACUGGACUCAAAUGGCUUAAGAUCCAUCUUUCAAACGUUUUUGGAUACGACAAAGCGAGUCUUCGGGAGCGAGAAGAAUUCGCGGAUACGCAUGUCGCCGAAAUCUACGAUUCUGCAUCAAACCCCAUGGGUGGAGAUAAAUGGUGGCUCGACGCGGAGGAUCCAUGGCAAUGUUUGGCUGCUUGUAUGGAAAUCAAAAGUGCCCUUGAUUCGCCGGAUCCUGCUCGUUUUGUAUCCAAACUUCCUGUGCACCAAGAUGGUACAUGUAACGGUUUGCAACAUUACGCCGCAUUAGGUGGUGACCUUUGGGGCGCUAAGCAAGUCAAUCUUGUGCCCUCGGACCGUCCUGCAGAUGUUUAUUCUGCGGUCGCUGAAUUGGUGCAGAAGGAAAUUUCCAAAGAUGCCCAGAAUCGCAAUCCUCAUGCAGCACAGUUGGACGGUAAGAUCACUCGAAAGACUGUAAAGCAAACGGUCAUGACAAAUGUGUAUGGGGUUACUUACGUCGGCGCCAAGUCCCAGGUCAAGAAGCAGCUUCUCGCGUCGCUACCAGACCUUGGUACCGACCAAGUUACUGUGGAAGCCCUCGCUGGAUAUGUAGCGUCAAAGAUAUUCAAAGUUCUCGGUAACAUGUUCAAGGGAGCUCAUGACAUACAGUUCUGGUUUGGAGAAUGUGCCGGGAGGAUAUCAACUUCUUUGACACGGGAACAGAUAUCUUUCAUCGAGGCUGAGUUACCCAACCUCAAUAACCAAACACCCCGAGGGAAGAUCCGAGUGUUGGAGCAAUUGAACACCAACUGCAUGUUCAGAUCUACAGUCAUAUGGACAACACCCUUGAAUAUGCCUGUCGUACAGCCAUAUCGCUCGUCUAAGACCAAAUCUGUCUUGACAAGCAUGCAGAAUAUCUUGCUGAUGAACCCCCAUCGAACCGAUCCUGUCCAGAAGCGAAAGCAGCUUCAGGCAUUUCCUCCAAACUUUGUUCAUUCUCUGGAUGCCACUCACAUGCUACUCUCUGCAAUAGAAUGCGACAGGGCUGGGCUAUCAUUUGCAGCGGUACACGACUCGUUCUGGACGCAUGCUGCGGAUGUCCCGAUAAUGAAUAUUGCCCUUCGAGAUAGCUUCAUCAAGCUUCAUGAAGAGGAUGUUAUCGCGCGUUUACGCGACGAGUUUGUGAGCAGAUAUCAGGGCAGCAUGUACCAAGCUCAAAUCCGUAUCAACACAGACGUCGCCGAAAAGAUCGCAAAGUGGCGAAAAGCCAACCCACUGCCAAAAAAAUACAACGGAGGGCCCAAAAAGCCAGGCUAUCUGCACGAGUUGAUAUUGGAGCGCGAAAGAUCUAGGCUGCUUGAAUCAGACAACCCGGAGGAGGUGAAAGUAGGAAUGGAAAUGGUGACUCCUGCGAGCAUUUUCGCAAAGUUUAGUAAACAUGGGGAUUUAUUGAGCGACCCCCACGUAGCCGAAGUUGCCUUGGGUGCAUUGUCGAAAGGAGAAACCAGUAUUAAGGGAGUUGGAGAGGAAGAGGAGGAUUUGGAUCAAACUCACAGCGAGCAAAUCUACGAUGAUCAAAUUCAUGACGAGCAAACCCACGACGAGCAAUUUCAUGAGUCUGAUCCAGAGAAUGACGCCCUCUUGCCAGAACACCAAUCAGACGAGGCCGAUUCUGGAGAGCAAGAUUCGGAAUCAACCAAUCGCGGUCCCUCCCCUUGGAAGAAAAUCUUUAUGAAGCAGAGAAAUAAAAAAAGAACAGCCAUACCAGUUUGGCUCCCAUUGACAUUUCCACCAAUUCCUAAAAAGGUAAGAGCAUGUACCUCGAUCUAACUAGAAGCGUUUGACUAACAACCAUGUAGGGCGGAUUCGAUGUAUCGCAAACUAAGAAUAGUCAAUAUUUCUUUUCAUGAAGUCUUCAUUUUCUGCAAGUAAAUCUUGCUUCAUCACGGUCUUUGACAAGGUAAUGGGGGGGGUGGGGUCUCCAUUUUGGGAAACUAGGAGUUUCUUUGGAUAGAUGCUAAAAGCGACGCGCGUGCGGGCAUUUAUGGGUUGCAUUUUCAAAGGGCGCUUGGCAUUGUACAGAUGAUUGUUUUUCUUCAGUUUAAACGAGAAGGCCGAGAUGAUUGGCUUGUAGAAAUAGUUCACGCAGUUACGGGGUCUAUUAUCCAUGACAGGGUUUGGGGAUAUAGGCAAAAUGUUCAUAGAAAGACCAGACCUAUUGCACAGGCAUUUUAGGUUUGGGGUAUGUAGAAUACCAUGGUUUGUACAAUAUAAUGGCACCACUCAAGUUUUGUUCUGG